UUGCCUUAUAGCUAGCACAGAGACUUGUUACAGAUGCAGAACGAGAGAGAAGUGAUGCUGGGAACAGUACCAAAGGUGCAUACAAGACAUGGAAGUCAGUUGGAGCAUGAAAGCGCUCAACUACUGUCACAAAUGCUCGUGAUCAGCCUUCUAAGCUUAUUUCCUAGCUUUUCAAUCAUAAAUAGCGUUAGCUAAAGUCUUUGUAUCACUACACCUGAUGUAUA